AUGGCUAGUGAUGAGAGUUUUGUAGCUCUUGUGUACUAUAGAGUGUCAAUUAAGAAGAAAACGCGAUCAGGAAUUAAGUUCACUGACAAGGACCUGUUCAGUAUUUUUCUCAAACCUUCGACCAGUUUCGCUGAGUUUAAAAAUACUAUACUCCAGAGACUAGGAAUGCAUGGCGUGAAACGGGUGGAGAAGUUAUUCUAUAGAAUUCUGAUUUCUGUGUUACGCGAUGAUAUAAAGUAUGAUUCAUUCAUUAUUAGCAGUGACGAAGAUAUGCAUGUGCUGUUUCAUUGUCGCUGUCAGUUUCCUGAGGUUAGGACUCCCGAGUUGUUGGCGAAGCUUGUGGAUGUGGCAUCUAGUUCUGAAGGCUGGACCGUUGGGAGAGGAUGCUUUUGUGGGGCCAGUUCUCCUCCGUUUGUUCCGGUUUUUGGAGAGGUUGGAACACCCGAUGAGGUUGAGGAUGCAUUGCAUGAUGAUGAUGAUGAUGUGGAGCCCGCAACGAUUGCUGAUGAUAGCGACAAGGAGACACCACGGACGACUCCACCUAUGGGUGGGGGAGCAUCUAGUUCAGACUUGGAUGCCAUGGCACCUCAGGAGGAUCCUUCUGUAGCUGUUGGCUUCGGGGCAAGAGACACGCAAAAUGCAGGAGAUGUAGCUGAAUAA